AACAGUUGAGCGUGGAAUAUUUAGUAGCCAGGAAAUGUCACGGAUGGACUUAUUGCCCAGGUGGCCACCUAUCACGGGACCACGCUUGGAGUCACUGAGCUCCUGAGAGCGAUCCAUUCUUUCACCAAUGUUUGUAGAAGCAGUCUGCAUGCCUAGGGGCUUGAUUGUAUACACCUGUGUCCAUGGAGGGGAUUGGAGCACCUGAAUCACAUGAUAUGGAGGGGAUUGGAACACCUGAAUCACAUGAUAUGGAGGGGAUUGGAACACCUGAAUCACAUGAUAUGGAGGGGAUUGGAAUACCUGAGUCACAUGAUUUGGAGGGGAUUGGAACACCUGAAUACAAUGAUUUGGAGGGCUGGCCCUAUACUUUUGGCAAUAUGGUGUGUAUUGAAUAAGCAGUCUGCAUGCCUAGGGGCUUGAUUGUAUACACCUGUGUCCAUGGAGGGGAUUGGAACACCUGAAUCACAUGAUAUGGAGGGGA